GUUUAUUUCACCAUAGUGUAUCAUUUAUAUAAUAGAAUUUGCCCCCCUAAUGGGUAGGGGAUAGAUUUUGGCAUAUCUGUAUUAUCGUUAUCAUACAUUCUAAAAUUUUAGAAAAUUUUCUCGCCACCUGCUCCACACCCUUGUGAUUAGUUAUAGGGCUAUAUCGGCUAAGAUGUGCUACAUGUGUUUAUUACUCGUCACGUACAGAAAGAUUGUUGUUACUGUUAAUAUAACUCAUGGUUGGAUGCUAAAAUACCACUCGGGGCCAUUGGUAUAUGACCAGCAAUAUAACAGUUAUUGGCAUCACCAGCCCUGCACCUUUGCCCUCCUUCCUGCGACCGAAUAUUUUUUUGCCUGCGCUCCAUUUUAGUCGCCGGCUCAACCUGCGAAGCACGCCAAAACGAUCCUUCCCAUCACCACACUUGUUGCCACUCAAUACAACUACGUUCUAUAUAUCGCCCACCAUGGUACCCUUGGGCAUUCUUGGUAUUCGACCUCUCCCCUUUAAGCUCAGCCGCAGGGCUUUGCUAGUUAUUAUGCGUCCAGGUCUUGCGCACCCCAGUUCUGCAAGCCCUAUACACCCAGGUAUUCUCCGUCUCCCCACACACUCAGGCCUUUAUAGCCUCCCCAGAAACCUUCACACCCUAGCCAGACAACCAGUUGGUAUAUAUCUUCCACUUAGGGGUCUUGGAACCCCCGACGUUUCAGGUUUUGCCGCUAGGUUAGCCUCUGGUGUGCCUGACGGGCGGCCGUCGGACAAUGGCAUAUCCCCCGAUAGUGCCCCCCCUGAGGGACGCCCGAAGCCGCUCACCCUCAUUCAGAAACACCAUCUCACCAAGCAAGAGCUCCUUGCACGCACCACAAAUCUCUAUGACCGCAUAAAGGUCCGCUUCCGUUGGAUGAUGUCGCGCUCAGCGCGGCCGUUCAACACGGACGACUUUUCCGCCUUCUUCUCGUGGAUCAUGAUCUCAAAUGUAUUUCUCCUUAUUGCAGGGACCACCACUUUCGUCUCUGUUGUCAUUUUCUUGGCCAAUACGGUGUUUGCGCAGGAGUUGGUGGCGCAGAAGCUCGGCGAGUUCAUCACGCGAAAUUCCGGCUUAACGGUCAUCUUCGAGAGUGCGAUCGUCCCCGGCUGGUCGGACGGAAAGAUCAGCUUCAACAAGUGUUAUGUUUCGAUGCGGCCGAAGCAGCAGGGAAAAUUCGAGAAGGGGUCGCAGGCCGCCGCGGUGCACCCCGCGCAGGGUGCGAACACGGAUGACGGCAACUACACGCAGUUCGACUUGACUAUCGAGCAGGUGAACGUGUCUCUCUCCUUUCACAAGUGGAUUAAUGGCCACGGCAUUGUCAAGGACGUGGAGUUGCGCGGGAUGCGCGGUGAGGUGGAUCGCACGUUUGUACACUGGGAGGAGGGUGACUUGGCCACCAACUACAAAAAUGUUGCGGCGCCUGGCGACUUUGAGAUCGACCUGUUCAUUAUGGAAGAUGUAUUGUUCACGCUCAAGCAGCCGGAUGGUUUCCGGCACUUUGAGGUUAGCAUCUUUAACUGCGACCUCCCCCAGUUCCGCAAACAUUGGCUCUUCUACGACAUAUUAAAUGCCAACCACAUGAGCGGUAGCUACGACGGCUCGCUCUUCACGAUUCACAAGAAACAGCGUAUCGAUGAUUUUCACCUGAUCGCGGCCGACAUCGCCGAGGCACCCGGCGGCUCCAGCUCGCCCUGGAAGCGCGUCACACAGCUCCGCAUCGAUUCGUUGAACGUAGAUCACCUUAACACCGGGCUCCAGGGACCCUUUGGGUGGAUCACCAGUGGUCAGGUCGACAUGCUUGCAGACUUCAUGGUACCAGAAGAAGAUGGCUUUAACGUCGCGGAGUUGGUCCAGAUGAUCAGUGAGAACUUUGCCAAGGAGGCCCGCCGAUACAACCUCAUCUCAAAUGGCCCCCCCUCGGAUGUUAUUAAAAAGGACAUUUCCAAGUACAUUGUGAUGGACCUUCAGGUCAAACUCAACAAUGUACGUGCCGGUGUUCCGCUCUUUACCCCCGACUUGUCCUACAUCAACAACGCAUUGAUCCGGCCCAUUGUGGCGUAUAUUAACUCCAAAAACACGUAUAUUCCCAUCAAGUGCCGCGUGGUGAAAAAAUUGGAGGAUUUUGCCGGCUCGUGGACCAUCUACGACUGCUUGCUUAUGGAUGACUUGUCUGCCGAGGUGUACGAUGCGUUUGCGGAGUAUGUUACGGACGAGGCUGCACGCGCCCAGCGUAUGCGCAAGAUCGGCUUCUGGUCCUUACAGGUGAUGUUCCAGUUGUUGUUAAUGAGCUUGGGAACCUUAGCAUAGACAGUGUCUGGAUGGGGGUG